AUGGGUGCUGUGUAUUCCGAAGUGUGUCAUAUCACAAAUAUAAAAGAACCAUAUGUAAAAGAAACAGAUUAUCCAAGGACUUCCGAAACUUAUUCCCUAACUGGAGACAUGGUGAAUUACUACAAGAGAAUUAUUCUUCUGUCUGGAUUAGAAUAUAUGAAUGACUAUAACUUUAGAGUACUUAAGUCCUUACUGAUUCAUGACCUAAAACUGACUAAGAAAAUACAAGAUGAUUAUGACAGAAUUAAGAUUGCUGACUUAAUGGAAGAAAUGUUCCCAGAGGAUGCUGGAUUGAGCAAACUGAUAGAAGUAUUCGAAAAUAUUCCAGAUCUUGCAGAUCGUGCUGAUAUACUUAGAAAAGAGAUGGAGAAAGUUAAAAAUAAAAGCAAAAUAAAAUCUGAAUCCCGGUCGCUCCCACUUACCUCCAGCAUGAUGGAAGUUUGGGAAGUAGAACCAGCUAUGGUGACAGCUUCCUCAGAGGAAAGCAAAGACACUAUCUGUGAAUCACCUGAUACCAUGACAACACAGUUUUUUGAGGAAGAGCCUAAGUUUCCAUUACUUUCAGCACCCAGCAUAAGCCAGGCUGAGCGUGAACCCCUGACUCCUCAGAGGUUUCCAACAACAGCCUCCAGCAGUCUCCAGACGACCCUGGAGCCUACAGUAACACCGUCCACCAUACUGGCAACAUCUCAGGGUUCUUCAGCACCGUGUUCCUCCUCUGUCACGGCUUCUCAGAUGCCUCCAGUGACAGCCUCCAUCAGCAUCCAGACCAUCCAGACCUGUCAGGCAACCUCAACACUUCCUCGUAGUCACCAAACUACUCUGGAGUCUCCAAAAUCAGAGCCCAGCAGAGUCCUGGCCAUUCAGGUGACUCACACUGGAAAGGCAAGUGGUCAUAAUCGUCCUCAGGUGCCCACAGCAGCAGCAACCAGCAGUUUCAUUAAACCUCAGGUGACCCCAGCAAGGUUACCGAGCGGUGUCCAAACCCCUCGGAUGCCUCAAGCAACAGUGCCCAGCAGUGCCCAGACCUUUCAACUGACCCCACCAGCAAUGACAGGUGAUUGUUAUCAUACUAAGGUAUCUGGAACUAGAGUGCCUGUCUGUCCUCAGGUGUCUGCAGUAACAGUAUCUAGCAGUUACAAUAACCCUCAGGUGACUCCAGCAACAGUGCCCAGAAGUGCCCAGAGGUUUCUACUAACCCCAGCAACAAUGACCAGUGGUUGUAAUAUUCCUCAGAUGUCUGCAGGGACAGUACACAGAAGUUACAGUAACCCUCAGGUGACUCCAGCAACAGUGCCCAGAAGUGCCCAGAGGUUUAGACUAACCCCAGCAACACUGACCAGUGUUUGUAAGAGUCCUAAGGUGUCUGCAGCAACAGUAUCCAGCAGUUACAAUAAUUCCCCUCAGGUGUCUUCCCCAACAGUGCCCAGGAGUUUUCCUGCCAGGUCCCUGUCUCCAGCAACACCAUUCAAGGCAAGGAUAGGAUUUCGUCUGGGUGCUGCACACCAGCUCGUAAAGGAUCACCAAUCUGAGGACGAAGAAAUGCAAAAUCCUCAGUCUGGAAUCUGGACAGGCUUAUCAGACCAGCCCCGCCUCUCUCGCACAUAAAGCCGCGCAGAGAAGAGAAGGAGGAAGCAGGAAGAACAGAUGCUUGCAAACAAAAUGAAGAGACUCUCCCUAUCUCCACCACAGACAACAGCAGGGAGAGUCGAACUGAUGCCUACUUGGGGACAACUAAAGAAGCUGACUCGUGAGGCAAAGGGACUGGUACAGAGAACGGGCAAGACGCUUUCGUCAGAGACAAUGUUUUUGGCCAUGCUUGCUUUAAUAGCUAUGCAGGUGACUGUCGUAUUGGGAGAAAGUUUUUGGGCUUACAUACCCAAGUCACCACUUCUUCAUCCGGUCGGGUAGAAUGAACAGAAUAAUAUAAAAGUCAUGACUAGCAAUUCAGAGUUGUUGGGUGGGUUCCAAG